AUGACUCGCCUUCAGCAAGCAGUCAGAAGCGUGGUGCAGGCAUUUUCGGGGAAAUCUCUGGCCCACCGUUGCCGGGGUACUGCUUCUUCGUUCGCAUGCUACCGCAGCAGUCCUGUACCAUUAGUCCACCAGCGGGCAAUCCAUCACACCAGGCAGCCUCUCAAUUCUCAGGCUAUUGUCUCCCAAUCGAGAUCCCAGGACAGAAGCCAGUAUGACUCCUCAAAUCCUGCUAUGUCCUUCCCAUGUCUAGAUGCUCUGGAGGCCAAAUCUGCCGCCCUGUCAAGGAGGUCCUUGGCUUCUGGACCAGAGCCAUCUUAUACAGUUGGCAAACAUGAGGUGUUUACUUCAAAACAAGAUAUCCUACUGGACUGGGGUGGUAUGCUGCCUGAAUUUGACAUUGCCUAUGAAACGUGGGGUUCAUUGAAUGCGGACAAGAGCAAUGCUAUACUCCUUCACACUGGCCUGUCCGCUUCAAGUCAUGCGCACAGCACAAAGACAAACCCACAGCCAGGAUGGUGGGAAAAAUUCAUCGGGCCAGGAGCUCCCUUGGAUACAGACAAGCAUUUCAUCAUUUGUACGAAUGUGAUUGGGGGUUGCUAUGGGAGCACAGGCCCAUCAUCAAUUGACCCGUCGGACGGCAAACGGUACGCUACUAGGUUUCCUAUCCUGACUUUAAACGACAUGGUUCGAGCACAGUUUCGGCUUCUGGAUCAUCUGGGGAUUUCGAAGCUGUAUGCGUCUGUUGGUGCUAGUAUGGGUGGAAUGCAGAGCUUGGCUGCAGGGAUACUAUUUCCCGAGCGAGUGAACAAGAUAAUCAGCAUCAGUGGUUGUGCAAGAAGUCACCCUUACAGCAUUGCUAUGCGCCACACCCAGCGCCAGGUCCUCAUGAUGGACCCUAACUGGGCUCGGGGAUUUUAUUAUGAUUCAAUCCCUCCCCAUUCAGGUAUGAAGCUAGCCAGAGAGAUUGCCACAGUUACCUACCGUAGCGGACCAGAAUGGGAGAAACGAUUUGGUAGAAAGCGAGCAGAUUCAAGCAAGAAUCCGGCACUGUGUCCUGAUUUCUUAAUCGAGACGUACCUUGACCAUGCUGGUGAAAAAUUUUCAUUGGAGUAUGAUUCAAAUAGCCUCCUGUAUAUUUCUAAGGCCAUGGACCUUUUCGACCUGGGGUUAUCACACCAGCAAGCCACCCUUCAACGCCGACUGGAAAACGAGGAAAGGAUAUCCUCACGCGGGAAGAUGUCUGCUCAGGAUAAUGCAUCUUGUAGCUUGACCUUGCCUUCAAAACCGUACGAGGAACAACCAUCGGCGAAUGAUAAUAUUCAGGGCUCUGGUAGCUCUUCAGCCGCACCAUCUGAAUCUACCUCCUCAGGCCCUCCUAUGGACCUCGUUAAUGGACUCUCUCCACUAAAGGAUCACCCUAUACUUGUCAUGGGUGUAGCAAGUGAUAUUCUCUUCCCUGCGUGGCAGCAGCGAGAAAUUGCAGAAUCACUCCAGGCCGCUGGCAGUAAGGCAGUCAAGCAUAUCGAGCUAAGCGAAGAUGUAUCCCAUUUUGGACAUGAUACUUUCCUCCUGGAUUUGGAGAAUAUUGGAGGUCCUGUGAAGAAAUUUCUUGCAUGA